UGUAUACCUAAUACGUCUGUUUGCACGAUUUACGUGGUAGCAAUACGAUUUACCAAUGUAAACUGGAUCCAAAUAAUGCGAUAAAGAUAUUACUGAUAAAUGCGUUAAUUUGGAGCGAUAAUAUUGGCACACCUAUAAUACGUUUGAUAUUGCAUUCAUUCGAAGCUCCUUAAAUAAUCUCGGCGAGGACAUAAAACUUAGAUGUAGUAGAUAAAAACAGUAUAACGGUAAAACGCUAUAACGGUAUAAUGUUCGUAAAAUCAUCAAAAGCUAAAGUUUACGCAUUUUGGUCGUCUAAACAUUAAACAUUUCAUUCGUAAUUAUUUAAUUAUUUCAUACCAUACUCUUAUACCAUACAUCCUAAUUUUUAACAAAGAUGAAUUAAGUUUUAAUGAUACUACCACAUAAUUUUAUCGAUAGAUCAUGGACAGAAUAUCAAGAAACGAUUUUACAAAAAGGCGCAUAAAUAACUUUAGGAAAUGGCAUUCAAUCGCGUUAUAUCCUUCCUACCUAGUAUGUAUGUACUAGAUACAAAAAAUUCCAAGCAUCUAAAAUAUUAGUACAAAACAUAAUAAAGAGAAUCAAUAACAAGGGAUUAAAUUAUUGUUUCAAACCUUGUUACACAAUUCAUUUAACAUAAAGAUUAAUUUCAAAAUUACAGAAUACCGCCAAAAUAUACACCUACAAAAAUAACGUAUGAAUUCAUAGAAAUUCCAGUUUUCUAUUACGUAACGAUUCAUUUCUUUUCGAUUAGAAUGUAAUCGAAAUCGUGCGAUAAUGGCACGAUAACGAUUAACAGAUUAUCAUAAAAGUGGUAAGUUACGCGCGGAGCACGUCAGUUGAUUGUAAGGUCGUCAAGGUAAAGUAUGUUGUGAACAUAGUAACGAACAAGCGGUUGAGUUGCCGGCUGUCGCCGUCACAUGCAGCCAGUUAUCCCGUCGACGUUAGGCGGUGCGUCGUUUGUACGUAAGACGUGUCGUUCAAACCGCUGUUUCAUCUCUGUUUUUCCUCUAUCGCCUUCUUAUUCUACUCAUAAUCAGCUGGAAUCGAGCAACAGAAAUUUGGUUAUCGACAUGACAUGCAUCGGUACGCGUUGGCAGUGGCGUAGUUGCGGUCGAAACAGAACGGACCAAAGCCGUGUAGGCGCAUCGUUAUGAAAGGGACCAGUCGUCCAUGAACACAAACGGAACGUACUAUCUUGACGUUACACAUGUUGCAUUGAAAGGAUCGGUGAACUCUGGUUGCUGAACGUGCACAUAGUUAAACAACGUUAUCGAAAGUUAUUAAUUGUUGGAAAGCGUUGUGCGCGGAGUAAAAUGAGGUAAGAGGCAAUAGAAAAAUUUACUCUGCUAACCAAUACGAAAUAGAUCCGGGGAAUAAAAGGUGGACGCAUCGUUCGAGGGUCGUGUUUGCUCGUAUUGUGUCGUCAAAACUACAUAUGGGUGCGCGUAAGGAACGAGGAAAUUCAAUGUAUCGGUGAAAAUUGGGGAGGAUCGCUGGUAGUACGUAGUGACAAAGAGGGUGCUUUGGUGUCAAUAACUGUGAAUAGCAGGGCGAUCCUCCUAUCUCUCCUAUCGUUGUUCCGGUGGAAGGUGGAAGAAAAAGAGAAAGAGAGAGGGAGAGAGAGGAGUACGUUCGGUUGGUAUACCUUCGUUGACACAGCGUGCCGGCGUUUUGGAGCGCUCGUAGCCGUGGACGCGGCUACGUAGCUAUCCUAUACCUACCCUAUAAACCGCGCGGGGGAACCUAAUACGUGAAUGUGUUGGAAGCGGUGGCCACGUCUUCGUCGUCGUCGUCGUCGUUGUGAUCGCCGUGAAAACGGUGUUACACCGUGGGAAUUGCCGAAAACACAUCAUCGAUGGCCCGCGCGAUUUUUCCACACACUCGGUAUCCGUGAUCGCGGCACGGCGAGAACCUCGUCAAGGAUGCCGCGGAUACCGUUUAUUAGAUAUCCACGAAGGAUGGCGGGCUUUGAGAUCGUCGCUCGGAUCGAUAGGUACGAAAGGAUCGAAUAAUCACGGAGGAAACAAGAGAAAGAGACAAACAGAUAGAGAGAGACAGAGGGGGGGAGAGAGAGAGAGAAAAAAGACAAAGUGGUGAGGUGAGUCAGGAGACCUUCCCCUAUCCGGAGGUUAGGCCUCCGAGUAUCAAGGAUCCUUAUUCGAAGAUGAACUCCAUGAUAUAUACCUUGUACGGCUUCGCUAUAUUUUUCAUGAUAUUCUGGUCGGUAAUGUGGAUCGUUCAUGUACUGGCACUGAUAGCCGGUCACUGGAAGCUGCACCGUAAAGUCACUCAAGUACCAACCUACGAAACGCCCUUACCCGGUGUGUCGAUCAUAAAGCCUCUGAUGGGCGUUGAUCCGAAUCUGUUCAGCAAUUUAGAGACAUUCUUUACGAUGCAAUAUCCCCGUUACGAGUUACUGUUCUGCGUGGAAGACGACUCGGAUCCGGUGUUGAUGUUAGUACGUAAACUGAUCGAAAAGUAUCCAGAAGUGGAUGCGAGACUUUUCAUCGGCGGUUGUAACGUGGGCGUGAAUCCAAAGAUCAACAAUAUGCAACCAGCGUACGAGGCGGCUAAACACGAGUAUGUACUGAUUAGUGACAGUGGUAUCAAGAUGAAGGAGGACACGCUGUUGGACAUGGUUAAUUACAUGACCGACAAUGUUGCGUUAGUGCAUCAGAUGCCGUUUACCUGUGAUCGCGAAGGUUUUGCCGCGGCAUACGAGAAAAUCUUCUUUGGUACUGUACAGUCGCGUAUGUACCUAGCCGCUGAUUUACUUAGGAUCAAUUGUCACACAGGGAUGUCAGCGUUGCUGAGAAAAGCUCCUCUCGAUGAGGUCGGCGGUUUAAAGACGUUCGGUGUGUAUUUAGCCGAAGAUUUUUUCUACGCAAAGUCACUGACCGACCGUGGUUGGCGAAUCACUGUGUCCUCGCAGCCGGCGUUGCAGAAUAGCGGUCACUGCGAGCUGCAUUCGUUCCAGGCGAGAUUACGAAGGUGGGCGAAGCUCAGGGUGGCUAUGUUGCCUACCACGAUCGUUCUCGAACCGCUUAGCGAGUGUUUAGUGUUAGGUGCCUGUGCUUCCUGGGCGGCCAGCGUACUCUUCGAGUGGGACUCCCUUGUUUUCUAUUUGGUACACAUACUAUUGUGGUUCAUGUUCGACUGGACGCUAUUGAGCGUCGUCCAGAACGGUCCGUUGCCGUUCAACAAGUUAGAAUUCGUAUGCGGAUGGUUACUCAGCGAGAUCACAAGGCCUUAUCUUUUCCUUCAGGCAGUUCUAGAUCCUCUGAUACAGUGGCGGUCGCGUGUCUACAAACUCAGGUGGGGUGGAGUCGCGGAAGAGGUUAAGGCAAAAGUCAAAUAUUAAAUUGCACUAUGAAACCAGCGGUUUUACUUUUUCCUCCUUUCUUUUUUUCGUUUCUUUCCUUUACUUCUGUUUCUUCCUCUUUCUUUGAUACGUAUGCAGGGUAUUCCAGUUUUCUUCGAUCAAAUCUUGUCAGGAUAUUCUAUGAUCAUAGGUAAAUACAAAGAGAAUGAUACCAAUCUUACGAUUACUAUGCUAUAAGACGAAAAUAGAUUCGCUAUCAAUAUACAAUGCAAAGUUCAUUUUCACUAUAUUAUUUGCUCGAUGUAUGUACAUAACAUUUUUUUUUCAAAGUUAACUAGAUAUAAAAGUUUAGGGCGAUAUCAUCGGAGGCCUAACCAUCGUUCUCUUCGUAUUUCUCUUUUGUUAUAACUUUUUAAUAAAGCUUUGAACAAUUAUAUUAUAAAAUCGGUAUACGUUUACACAAAGUCUUUUCCUUAUUUAUAUCCGUAAAACAUCCUGAAAAUAUUUAGCCCGAAAAGACUGGUACAUCCGAUAUACACGUAGGGAUUAAUAUGCACACAUUGAGCUAGAAGCGUGGAUGUUUUGUAAUAUCCGAUAUAUUAUAUUAUUACGCAUGUAGUUCUUAUUAUACUUGAAUUGCGUUAUACCGUGGAAAAAAUAUACGCCGUAUAUACACGAUAUUUACUAGAUAGGGGUGUUUACGCGUCGUGUGUACAUGUACACGUAUAUACGUAUGAUUCGCUUACGUGAAACAAUAAUCGCGACACGCAUGUAUGCACGUGUGCCAUCAUUUUUCAAUUAUUCAGCAUAUCAUCUCCGCCAGCUCGUUGGUAUGCUCAUUUCAAGUGCAAUGUUUACAGAAAAAAGAAGAAAAGUAUAACGUAAAAAAAGAAGGAUCUAUUAUAGGUUAUGUUAGAAAGAGAAAACACGUAGUAAACAAUCGAUGGAUAUGUGGCUUUUCUUCUUUUUUGUUUCUUCUUUUUUUGAAAUCCUCGUCUGGAACGAGGUCCCCUUAAAUCGUUAUUGUAGUAUAUUCGGUGCGAAAUUAUUCAUACGUUUUAAGGAAACGAUUCCUGUAAAAAGCUAUGGUUGCGCUGGCUUCGCGAUCAAUUUAACAUCUUAUCGACGUAGUUGGUGAUUUAUCUCGAAAUAUCUUUCGCGCGUUGUAGUAACUAAUUGGUAAGGUUAAUGUUGUUUUGGUUUUUAAGUAAAUAUUUAUUUUUAACAUUAAAAGGUAUUUAACAAAUGAUUAUAUGAUUAAGCGAAGUAUAAGCACGUUCGAUUAUGGAAAAAGAAUUUUUUACGGGUUUGAUGAUAAUAAUAUUCGCUGCUAGUACUAACUAGUGUUUCUUUUCGACGUCUCCGUGUCGGUAAACUGGGAAGAAGUAGAAUCAAAUAAAAAUAUACAUACGUGUUAGCCGAAACGAUUAAUUAACGCGUUAUAGACGGUGCAUAUGUAGUAAUUGUACAUACAAAAGAAGCACAUUUUUAGGUAUCAAAGUGCUUAACCCUAUCUUAUAUUCUUUCCUCUUCUUUACUUUUCUUUUCUUUUUAAGAUUACAAUCUUUGCUGAACUUUUUGUUUUAUUACGCAAAAUAUUAAUUCCAACCUAAUUUCGAUAAAUCGCUAGAAUGGAACAAAUACGAUUAUGUAAAUAUUCAUUUAUUUGAUAUGUACCUUUUUUCGUUUCAUUCGUUUAAUACGCAACGCGUAUAUGUACAUGCAUAUUUUCAAUUAGAACUAAUUGUUAUUGUAAAAAUCGUACCCGUAAAAGCAAGUACCUUCGCGUCGAAUAAUCGAAACAAAUUGAUUGUGUUACGUAACGUUCAACGUAUUGACCAUGUUACUUUCUAUUGAUGCACAUUUCUUUCUUCAACGUCUAGUAAAGUUUGAAUUCAAUUUCAUCUGUCCGUGCUAUUAUCGAAACACGUUUAUAUUUCGAACAUAAGAUAUCGGACGCUUAAUUACGAUAUCUCCCCCCCCCCCCCAAAUAAGAAGAUUAACAAGUAUUAAUAAGUAUUAAGAAGAUUAUCAAGUAUUCAAAAUAAAUUCGGAUUUAUCUAAAUCCAAAUACUUGCCUACUUCUCGCAAGGUGUCGAGAAAAAAGAAAUCGCACCAUGUCGCUUAAUUGUAUUUUUCUACGAAAGAACUAAUGUUUUCUAAGCGGUACUUGUCUCGCUUAAUCGCUUACUAAGACUAAUUAAGGGCAUCUGUACGAUGCAUCUUUCGUGAUUAAUUUUUCUUUGAAAAUUUCCUACAAAAUUUAAUCCCUUGUAAUUAAUUAAUCAUCAAUGCUCAAAAUUAUCGCCAACCACGAUAAUGAUUUAGAUUAUAGUUAGAUCGAUCGAACGUUAUUAUAUAAAGAGAAAAACACUCGUGUAGUUUGUAGAUUAUCGAAUGACAGGCAUCCCAAAGGUUGUGUCGCUUCUUGACGCUAACUUUAUGCUUAUAAUAAUAAUAUUUACAUUGGUAAUUAUUUUCAAGUACUGCAACUUCACCCAUUUCGACGAUUUUUGAAUAUGUUGCACAAAUUAACGUUUUCAACAACUUUUUCCUACCGCAUAACCUUAAUUGUCCGAAAUGUUCGCAAAAAUGUGACGGUACCAGUGAAUUCUAUCUAUAAUCGUGCGUCCGUGAUAGCUUAUGUGUUAACAUUGGUAAACUGACGCUUAACUAAAUCUAUAUAUGCUAUAAACAAACGAUAAGAAUUAGUUUUGGGCCAGGUGCUAUUUUAUUCGGCCACAAUGAGAUAGUCGGCAAUCAGUACCAGCGCAUACGUUGCCAUGGAUACACAAUACAGGCAAAAUUCACUGUAGUUGUACCGGCAGCCUCUUACGAAUAUCUCGGAAACUAAGGUCAGCCGAGGAUUAUAUGUUUAGGAAAACGUUGUUCAAAAUAUUGAUUUCUACAACAUAUUAAAAAAUCAUCGAAAUCGAUGAGGUGGCAGUACUUGUAAAUAAUAACAAUAUUCCCUUACGUUUAUUUUUGCUGGUAGAUCGGAUCUUGUUUUACGGGGAAGUCGAAAAUUUACCUUUGAUAUUCUCUUACGCUUAAACACGUUCUCCGUACACGUUACGAGUAUUGUCAGCGGCACGUUUAAAUAUAUUGCCUCUUUACUCUUUUUAUACUCGUUGUUUCUCGCCUUUUUUUAAAUAAAACAUAUCCCUUCUGAUUGCUUCGAAUACAUUUUGUAGAUUGACGACAACAGUAUCUUGUAAAGCAUAGAAAAAAGGUUUCUAUAAAUAUAUCGCAUAAACAAGAUACGGACAUAUAAAAUUCGAUAAGAAACGACACGAUUUACGAGAUGACCUAACGCGAUACUUUUAUUUAGUAGAUUCAAAAUACUUAAUAUCGAUUCUUAUCCCUGCCGGUACAAAGUCAUACGUUUCUCGUGCCUGCAGUCCUAACAAUAAGUGAGAUGACGCUAGUCAUCCUCGCAUCUAGGAUGGCGUCGUAGAACUAAACACUGGUUAACAUAACGUUCGUGUACGUUCUCAUAUGGCACGCGUUCGAUCGAUUUCCUUGAUUAGUUAAGAUCAGAAAGGUUAAUAGGGUUUGUCGAAUCUAGUCUUGAGUGUAAUUCGCUGUAGAAGCUUCGACAAUUGUACAUGAAUAUAAAUAUAGAAAAGAGAUAGAUCCGUGUUAUCUGGCUGUUAUCUGGUUCGAUGGGAAGCGGGGUUUUAGCAAGUUUUCUACACAACGAGCGGCGCUGCGGUGUUUAACGACAAAAGUGAAUCUAAGGCUUUUGAACCCUGACACUUUCAUCAGUGAAGUGGUCAAUUAAUUGUGAUAUUUAUAUCGUACCCGUUCCACUACACAACCAGUAACUGUUUAACCCUUGCCUCGUCAGGCUGCAACGAAAUAGUGUGCGUGCGUUUAAUUAAUAGCAAUUGUAACCGUACGAUUUCGAAUGGUUGGGGGCUAUUGUGAUUUUUCAAUCGUAAUAGUUUGUAAUUGAAGGUCAUUGAUCGUGUUUACAUUCAACUUAUAUUCAAGGUUUACAUCCUAAUUUCUUACUUGCUAUAAGCCGUUAGUUUUCAGCAUUUUUCUCCUAAAUGAAAUAAUGCCGAGUUUACGAAUGUUUCCAGAUCGAUAAUUAUAAUUUUUUAAUUUCUACAACGAUAGAAUUUCAUUGUCGUAGCAAAUAAAUUGUUAUAAAAUCUCUAAAUUAUUUACUUUAUUCUUGUAUUUCGGAUACUUUUAAUUCUAUUACGUUUUUGUUGAACUCGUUCCAAUAAUCGCUAUCAUAUAAUAUAAAACGGAUUAUAUCCGUCAAUUCGAAAAUAAUCGAUGGAACUCUCUUUGGCCAAACAUGGUUCUUAUCAACGAACAGUAACUGUUUUUAUUUAAACAAUGAAUUCUUAUUUCGUAACUUGUCCGUCGUCGAUAUUUCGUUUCCUUUUGUCCUCGUUCGAUAGUUCUUUCACUCGACGAUUUCGCUUCAUUAGCGCAAAAGAAAAAAAGCGACAUUUUUUGUGAUUCUACUGAAAUCGAUAACUCGUAUUAAAAUUGAACACUGUUUACGUGCGAAGAACGUUUCGAUUCGCGGAACUAGAGGUCAGUUGUGUCGGCUAGAUUUUUUUCCACGAAUUGCCACGAGUACACUCUUUUUUAUGCCGAUGCAACACGGAAUAUUGGCCGCCCUCUAUCUUAUCGUGAUUUAUCGAAAGUCAAACAAUUAUUUCACCUUACUCGUCGACGUUUCCAUUUAUCAGGGUUUAAAGCCUUCAAUAUCGCACGUAAUAAUCUUCAAUCUAUAAAAUUUAUAUAUUUUAUGUGUAGAACUAGAAAAAGGCAGGAAAGACGAGGGAGUAACUAAAAAUGUGACAAAGAAGUUAUCGUCCAGUUUGAAUGAACGAAGAAAACGGAACGACAUUGGAGGCAAUCUCGCGAUGGGAAUCUUUCAGGACUUGUUUUGCUCAGAGAGGAAUUCCUUUUAAAAUCUAUCGUGUAAUAAUUUUGAAUGCGAUUAAAAUUUAGUUGAAUUCACGUCGAUAUAUUUUAUCAGAAAAGACGUGAGAAGUGAUGUCGCUUUUCUUAACCAAAAGGUGCAAUAGCUUAACACGGAGGUCCCCUUCGUGUUAAAAAUUAGAUCGAAUUAUCAUCGAGAGUAUCCAGAGAAUUUUGAAUAUUCUUCUUUUAGGAAUUUGGUAAUUUAAAAUUAUUGCUUCUAGCUUCUACAACGAUGUUUGUUUUAUUUUUUUUUUUUUUUUAUUAUUAUCUUUCGAAUAGAAACCUCUUAAUACAUGUAAUCCUGAUAAAAUUUAUUUAGUAAGAGAUACAAACACGUUUAAAGAUUACACCCUUGUUUAUUCGUAGAAUAGUUGGAAAAGAAAAUUCUCGUAACUUUAUGUAAAGUAUUAUCGAAACAGUUACGUUACGCUAACUUAGCUUUUUGGUUUUUUACUUUUUCCAAGACACGUAAUCUAUAUUCCAAUGUGCUGAUAAGAUUAAAACGACACGAUCAAUAAAAAUGAAACUGCUGCUGACUCUAUGUACAGGCAGUGCGGGACUGACUCGUGAGGCUGCCUCGGCACGAACCAACGACCGCUGGGUUCUUGGCGAGAUCAAAGGUGCCUCGCAGCUCCUUCGUUUGGACACGUAUAUCGACGAAAUGGAUCGAGACGACUUUGUCGAAAGCGUAACCGCUGCUCACUUUGCUUCGCGUAAUUACGUCGCGUACUCUGUGUUACGACAAGAGGCAGGCUCACGGGUAAACCUCGCACUGACUGUACAUAACGUUAGACACAAAAUCGCUUGAAAUAGAGCGUCUUUUGCUCAACGUCGCUUUAUUUUAACGUGCAAUUCGAAUCAGGCGUUUCAAGACUUUCGAGGAUUCCUUUCAUCCCAGAAGUUCGUCCAAUUCUUCUUAAUUGCCAAAUAACACCAUCCAUCAUUUUCAGCCAUUUAAGUCACUGACGUAACCCUGUACUCCUAUUGAAAGUUUAUUAUGAACUAUGACUUUAAGAUAAUGUUUUAAACUUCGCAAAGAGAUACGUACUCUGAGAUGGACCAUUGCUAAUCUCUACGUACGGUAAAAUGUUUCUAAUCGUUAUUUUUAUUUUCAAGCAACGAGUUACUUAGUAAUUGUUCCCAGCAAUGUAUAGUGUACUCUUAAGUAUGCCCUACCUACGCAAUGAGAUUUGUCCCGAGGUAUGUCUCCAAGUAUCGUUCGAGGCGAGCUCAUGAGACCUACUUAUAAGAGUAGUAUGGACAUCUUUCGAGCAACGAAAUGUCAUUUCUAUGCGAGAAACAGUUGCAAUUGUUUAAGUAUAGCAGUAGAUAUGCGUAUGGAAGAGCAAACAAUACCACGUAAAAGAGGAAAAGGAUCUCGAAGAAUCAGCUAAUUGCCAAUAGAAUCGCUUUUUGGUCUCAGUUCGAUCAGGACAAUCUCGCCAAUACUUUAAUGAAAUUUUUAUUAACGAAAAUAUAGAAAAUAAAAAAAUUUCGUCGUUACAUUAGCGUUUUAUCUCACUGAUACGAGGGCGAAACGCGUGGCUCUGCUGUGCGACACUCUCGAAUACUUGAGAUCAGGUCACGAGGACAAGGAUGAUACAAUGACGGUAAAGACUGAUGAUACAAACAAAGCAAUCUCACCCUCACCGUAUCCCAUCGAAGACGAAAGACCAAAAGUGACCAUGAGGUCAGAUAAUAUCUUACUGACAAAUAAACGAAAGGCAUCUGCUCUGCAAGAACGCAACCUACUGCUAUAUGAUUAAAUACAGUAACUUUCCGUCCGUUUUUAUGGCUUUACAUCUACGUCAUGGAGUACAAGAAAUUUAAUCGUGUCCAAUUUAUUUAACUUCAAUUAGUAUUACCAAAAUACCUUGGUCUACCGGACUUCAUCUCAUUAGCAUUUCCUGGCAAACUAUAAACAAAUUGACUUUUUAUCGUUAGCUUCCUACGUCAUCGAGUACAAGGUCGUAAUAGGGCUUAAAUUAAAGUUUAUGAUUCCCACUUUACGAAUGAAAAGAUCUGGCUGACUUCCGCUUGACUUCUGCCUGCCAUAAAUAUGCAGUAGACCAGUUCUUUAAUACAUACGAGACCGUGGCUAUUUUUAUAUCUUGACUAAAAAUUAUUAUUAAUGCGUUUUACGCUGUUAUAAACAUAUAUAUGUAUAUAUUAGUUUAUUUACAGAUAUUUUACUCUUUAUUUUGUAGAACCAGUCGUAUGAAGGACAAGGAAAGAUGUGAAGCAAUUAUUACUUUUGUAUUUGUUUUCCUCGUCUUUCAUACGAUAGGUCUUACAAGAUAAAAGCUAAAUUAUCAGUCAUGCUAGUGUUUUUUCGGCAUAUGUAAGUUAAUAAUUUGCUAUAAAGAAUAUCAAGACAGGGCAUUAAAAAUUAUACGAUUCCAUUUAAGGGAACGUAUAUCACCUUCGUAUGAUCUUUAUGCGCCCAUCUAUAAGAAAAUUAAUUACAUCAGAUUAUGGUCCUCUUGAUAUCAUCCAUUUUUUAUCUGAACCAUUUAUUAUAUAACUGUCACUUUUACCAGUAAUUCGUAUUUAUAGAUUAAAAUCGGUAUAUAUACAUUUAUAUGUUUACCGUAGUGAAAAAUGCUCCCUUCUUCAUUUCGCAUUGUCGACGGCAAUUAGUUUAUUUCAGAAACAAAUUUUCUAACGCCGUUUCACUUCGAAGUCAGAAUGGAUACUGAUCGUAAGUAGGCUUCAUGAGACCCAGAACAGGUCUCAUGAGACCGAGAACAGGUCUCAUGAGACCGAGAACAGGUCUCACGAGACCCAGCUCGCUUCGCAUAUUAGACCGAGGAAAAUCCCAUUGGGUAGAGCUCGCAAUCAUUGCAAUCGCACUUUUUUCGAUACGACUGCUGAUUACUGUAUAAAUUUUCCAGUAGUUCUAGUAGACAAUUAAGUCCUCGAGAUUAUAUAUGCUUAACACUGCGUUCUCCGAAUUCCACCGUCUUAUCCGUCACACCAAUCAACAUUUAUCCUGAAUUCAAGAUUUCACGCAAUCAGAUAUUACACAAUCUUUCUUUAUAAAAUAGAUUACAAUCUUUAUGUGUGUUUCAAUUGCCUUGUUCUUCAAAAAAGAAAAAAAAAUACGAUUUCACGUAGCUCGUUCUUUAUUUUAACUUCCUUUCAAUUUGUCAGACCUCCAUUGGGGUUAGGUUGGGGUUAGGUUAUAGAAAUAGCUUCGUGGUUUCAGGUUAUGUAAUUCGAUGUUCCGACGAUCAAUUUUUGGUACACGAAUAUGUAGGAUUUUCCUGUAAUUCGCGAUAAAUUGUAUCAUUCUCAGGAAAAAGGGUUGCUGGACUGCGCAAGAUUUGCGUUUUCGUUGAAACGACACGGCCACAUGGAGAGCAGAUCUUUUUGAUGUCCUUUCUAGCAAGAUGAAAGGAAAGUCGUACGAAAACACUCUUUUUGCACGAACCAACGGUCGCUUGGACUCGAGUGCCAUUAUGAAAGUGCAUUUAACGAAAAAGGAACAACAAUGGCGACUGUUACGAGGAUCCAUCUGUAGCAUAAUCUUUUUUUGCCGCGGCAUAAUUUGUCGCAUCUUCUUUAUGGGAAUUAUAAUUUUAAUUUAAAGGUGACGAUUUCUUUUCUUCCUUCUUUUUGGUUUAUAUUUCCUUUUUUCUCAUAGGAAAAGUAGCACCUUUUUUCACCGAUAAAAUGAUCGAUCGUUGUUUGCAAAAACCAAGAUAAAUCAAUCAGCUUUCUGUCCUAACUCAUCGCCUUUCUAUUUUGUCGUUUAGUGUUACUUUUCAGAUAACGUAUAACCACCAGUAUAUAUGUUUGCUGAUAUAACUCAAUGUUUAUCGUAUUUAUCAUAUUUUUCAUAAAAACGGAGUGAAAAAUCAAAACGAAGCGUAUAUAAAAGCGGAUAUAAAAAUAGCAAUAAAUGGUUGAUUUACAGAUAUUAGUCGAUAUCAAGCGAACGAUGAUACGUUCAUUAUUUGUAAAAAUUUGAUGCAGCGUUGUAAAAACUUAUUUCGUGGAGUGACUAAGGAUUGAUAUCUAAAAAUCGGGAAAUAUAGGAUUAUAGGAUCAUUUAUGUAAUAGUUAUUAGUUAGUUUGAUUAUUAUUACUUUAUAAAGUUCGAUUCUCGAUCUUCCUCCUUUCAGAUUCCUCGCUAAAUAACUAAAUUAAGAAAAUUUCUUUAUUCCUUUCUGUCCUCACUAUGAACGUGUCGUUUUGAUAUGCAUAACAAAAUUUGUAGAAACUUGUCCGGAGGUUGUUGAAAAUGCUUCGUAAAUAUCGAAGAGUUUUCAUCAAAGAUGUAUCAUAAAGAAGUAUAUGUCGUACUUACAGUGCUAAUUCGAGAAUUAAUAAAACAAACAACAUCCAAUUCCUGUGAGGGAAAAUACGCGUUCUAUAAAUUUUAGAGGUUAUGGUUAAGCGAUAUCGGAAAUUCUAUUCUACGACUGUUGUGUCAAAUUUUCGAUCCUUAUCUCUCUUGCAGAGAUACAGAGUUUUAUAGUUUUUGGAAUGUAUUAGAGAAUAGAACUCUUAAACGAGCGUGUCCAACCCAGUGAUAAAUUAACACGGUACAUAAUAAUUGUGUGAUAAACAUGACAUGACUCACGCGUGAAACAUUUCGCUUCUCUCUUUUUCUUUGGUUCGUCGAGAGAUAAAGUGACUUGUUGAAUUUUCUAUAUCGUUAAAACACGCUAACUGAGAGAUAAUUCUCGGAUUCGUCAUCAAUUAUAUUUUUCUUUAAAACUUUGUCCGCCUAGUCAAGAGUAUACGAGGAAAUUUUUUAAUUUAAGAGGUUAAAUCGCGAAUUGUCCCUUUUCAUAUAAAUAUUAUUUGUUAAUCAGUUACCUGCGUUUGACGAGUAUAGACGUCGUUGCUUGUAUUUAUUUACGCACUCUAACCUAACCUAGUGAGAAAUUUCUAAAACUAAAUUCUGCAGUUAACUGGCUAAUGUCUUAAUGAACGAUACUUCUGCUUAUUUUUACUUUUGUUUUACUUUUUGUUAAUGAAUAUAUGGAAAUUUUUAAUUUUACAUCAGAUGUCUAUCUAUCUAAUAUCUGUAUAUGUACAAGAAUUCUAAAAGCUUUGCAAUUUCCUUCGUUGAUGAUUUUUAGUUUCUAAACUUUUAAUGUUCUAAACUUAUUCAUGCAAAAAUACAUAUGCACAAAUUGUAGUAAUACUUGUAAGACAUAUCAUAUCAUCGAUAACAAUAAAGGAAACCGUGUUGUGGCGCUGUUUUAAAAGCAAUAAGGAAUUUCAUUCAGCUAAAUUUAGUAGUUAAACCUUUGAAGAAAUAAAAUAAUCCGAUUUGUUAUUUUUUAACAAUGAUUCAUAUCUGAGACAUAUGUCGAUUCAUUUCGAUUUACCGGAUAUAUAUCAACAUACAAAUCAUAUCAAGAGUCUUGUUUAGUGUCACUAUAUAAUUGAAUAUCUUGUCCUCGAUUGCAAUUCAUUGUUUAGACUAAUAAGUAGUCGUACAGGUGUUAUUAAGCAUCUGACGAACAUCUGAAUUGUCGCCUCUUAAUUAUCGAGAACCAGUCUUGUUCUUGACUAUUAUCGAAGAUUAAUUUUCAUCUAAAAUUUAGUUGUUUAGCGAUCUUAAUCGUUAACGUCGUGUUGUAUACAGCCGAACAUUCGUAAAAAGAAUUAUUUUCAGAUAAAGAGAGCAUGAAAUGUUUUUAUUCGAAAUAGUAUCUCAACGUUCAUCAUUAUUGGUACAAUGAAGGUUAUGAAAAUCAAAGUAAUCAUCAGGCAAAAGGUUAAUUGUCAAGAAAAGUGUGUUAAGGCAUUGACUACCACAUUGCUAGUCAUCCAUGACUCAUCUUUCUUUUUUACUAAAUCUUUUAGAAUGAUUAAAAUAAAAAACAAAAAUUUUCGAUAAUGUUAAUGGUUUAGAUAACAUUGUCAGAGGAAAAGCGAGCAAAUAUAAUAUAAUGUUUUACAAGAACGAAACGUUAUAAUAUAAUAUAUUUCAAUUUAUUUCGGCUUCCAGGACAAAAUACGUAUAUAAAAUUCGUAUGGCAGGCAACGCGUUAACGAAGAUGUGGUCUCAAGGAAAGUUCGGCUAACAUGAACGACGUAAAAAUUGCUCUGAGCGUUUUGAAUGCGAAACAUGUUGACACAGGUCGACAUUUGGAACUUCCAUUGAAGGUUUCGCGGAUCAUUAAGUCUCUCGAAGGUUCUCGGAGGAAUCGUCGCGCAUAGAAACUGACGAUGCUCGUUCUGUCCAUGGAUAGAAUCGAAACGCGCGUCCGAUAGAAGGAAACAAGCGUUCGAUUUACAUUGUGCCGGAUGAAUCAUCGAGGGAACACGCCAGGCGACGAGAACAAUACAAAUGAAUGAAGUUGGCCCGUUCAGAUAGCACGCGAAUAUCUCGAAAACGCCCCGUCGCAUCUGGCCGUGCCGUUCUGAUGACUAAUUUUUGCUUGUUAUAAUCUGUGAUUCGACAGAAUUUAUUUGUAGAAUGCCGUGUUAAUAUUUUACAUUUGAAGUGAAAGUCGAAAAAUUGAAAGAAAAAUAUCGCUAAAUAUCUUCGAAAAAUCAUCACAAGUCCAUAUUAAUUACACGCACGUUAAAAUGUGAAAUCCAAGCACAAUAUAAAACAAAGGAAAUAACGAUUCGUUGAGGUAAUUAAAUCGAGUUAUUUCCACGCUCUAAAUGCGUCAUUUCGAAGUCAGUUGUAAACCAAACUGGAAUUUCCCCAUUAUUUUGUGUAUCUGGGUGAUGCCAACUGCUCUUGCAAAACCCCAUUUCUAUGGUAUUCGCGAAUCAACAACGCCGACAACGUUCCAAGCUCUUGAACGUUUUCGCAGCACGUUUCACACGAUCGAUUUCAAGGUCUGUGGUUUAUUCUUCGAAAAGUGGAAGCUACACUGGUCUCAAGGUUCUCCAAAUGCAUCGUACUUGAAAACAUCCAAUACUGGUCCAAGUUAGUGAACUCGCUAUCAUUGAUCUCCAUUCACCGAAAAAAGACCAUUCCACGCUGUGUCGACUCCGCGCUAUUCCAUGCUAUUCCGCAGUAAUGCCAACCUAAUCUUUGAUAAUUUCACUACCAUGAUUUCAUCGUGACGAAUUUCAUAUUAAUUUCAAAUAUGAUUUCAGGUGACUCAUUAAAUAUCGUCUAAGAGUCAUUAAUGUCCAUAACAUGUACUUAUCGUAACCUACCAUCAUAAUAUGUAGUACUUAGUUUCAUUCCCGUACUCACACUUCAUUUUGUGAUUGACAGCUUAUGCAAUCGAUUUAUAUAAUAAGUUAAUUAAUUAUCGUGACUAGAUAUCUUACGACUAUGUUAUCGCCAAUAUGCGAUCUUCAACUUGAAAUUCACAGGUUGAUUAAAAGUACAAUUUAGUAAUUUUUCUUUAGAAAUUAAUCUUAAAAGAUCGGGGAGAAGUGGGACAGUGAUAAUAACACGAAUAAAUGAAAUUAUGCAUAUCUACAAUUAAUAUCAUAAAUAAAAAAUAUAUAUAUCUCGUUUUUUCGUAUUUCUUAUUUCAUUGUACAGUGGGGGAAUUACGAUGGAAGAAUGUAACGUAUUCUCGACUGCGUGUCACAAUGAAUAGUGAAAUAGUAAUUUCUAUUGUCAUUGGGAAAUUGGGACAAUCAUGAACAAUACUUUACCAGAUUUUCUCUUUCUUUUUUUAACAAUUCCAUUGGCACGAAUUUUUUUUUAUUACUCCGGAAUCGAAUUCCACGAAGUGCAACGAAAUCAAAGGAACAAAUUGAUAUUCAACGAUAGGAUUAAAUUUGUUUUGGCGAAAGUUAUCGAAAGUAUCGUGUUUAUUAUUGUGAUAUCUGCGGUUUUAUGGCAAAUUUUUAAGGUAGACGAACGAAAGUUGAUGAGCAUGCGGAGAAGAUAUGACCUGAAUGAUGUCGAAAAAGGAAACACACGCUCUGUCUCAGAUCUAACCUAACUACUUAAUUCAAGCAUAAUUCAUACGCAUAAUUUAGACUUAAAGCGCUCUAUUUAUUUAGUUUGCGAAUUAUUCAGCUUUUUGUAUAUAGGUAUAUAGAAAUCUGCCUCACGCGUUACGUUAUUUUACCCAACCUAACACACGAUAUUCAAAUCUAUUCCAUUCUAAUCCAUAAUCCAAAUAUUGGACCAAUAUACAUAUAUAUUUACACACUUCUUCCAACUAGUUUCAACUAUUAUAAUUCAGAUAAGCAGUCUGAUAAUGAGUAUCGUGUAAAUACGCGUGCGUAUAGGUACACGUGGCGUUAAAUAUAUGGCGUUAAUUAGGUAGGGAAAAUUUUUAACGUUUUUUUGUAUUAUAUAUUUCCUCUUCUUUACGUUCCGUUUCUAUUUUUACGUAAUUAAUCACUCGAUUACAUUAAACGAGUAGUAACGACCACACAAAUACAGAGGAUCCAGAACUUUCGAAAUUCGUUCGGAAUCGAUAUUUCUGUCCAACGAAUAACAGUUAUACUUAUCAGUCAAUGUGAAAGUGAUACGAAACCUUUACAACUUUUUUAACUCCAAGAUGAGAGUCAGAUUAUUUUUAUCUUCUUAAUUGUGACUUGGCUGAGAUUUUCAUUUCGCGCACAUAUCAUUCACAGCUGCUAUCCAAUCCUUUUCUAUAAGAAUUUAAUAUGUACAUAUAUAAUGCAUAUAAAAAUUGAGUAUUCGUGUUUAUUUAUACCAAAUUGGCUGUACGAUAUUCUUCGAACAGAAAAUUCCGAGUGUGUAGAAUAUCGAAAACAACAGAAAUUUAUCGAUUCGACGAAACAAAUUUUCGAAGCUUACAACUAUUAUAUGUAUUAAAAUUCCACAUCUCGGAAUCGUUUCUCGGAUGGCAGGUGGGUUAUAAAGCGUCCUAUUGAAUUUUCUUCAUUAACGUUUUUUCGUAAAGAGAGCGAGGAAAAAACUGAAAAAUGAAAAAUCGACCAGUAGUUCGUAAGCGUGUACGACGGAAGGAAGGUAUACUACUUAAGAGUAAGAGAGAUCCAAAAUGUGACCAAGCGGAAGCAGCUGUGAUCUGCUUAAAUAGGAUUUCCGCGCCUUAUGUAAUAUAUGUCAUCGCGAAACGUCGCUGUGUCGACGGAUAUACGUUUUAUCGAUCAAUUUGUUUUUACCUGGUGGUGCAAAGCAACUUGUAUUCAUAUGCUGCUAAUGCCAACGGAUUCGAGUGAUUUUUACUUUUUAAAGUCUUUAUACAUAUAUGCCCAUAUAAUCGAUUUUAUUUCAUUUAUACACGUCGGAUAUCCUACACGUAUAUAAUGUAAUUAUUAAUGUAUAGUAUCGAUACAGAUAUUAUUAAUAAUAAUACAAGAAAAAUUAUUAAUAAUAUGUGUGAUUAAUAAUAUUAUAAGAAUAUUAUACAUAUAGAUAUGUAUGUGUGUGUAUAAAGACAUCAAAGACUUACCGUUGCUUUUACUUAAAGCGCUUUUUUCUUUUUGCGCCACCUGGUACAUUAUUUAAGUACGAACUCGUUAGUCUAACUAGUCAUUCGUUCACGAUGUCGUGUCAUCGCGCAUUGUAAAAGUCAUCUUUUUCCUGUGAACCGUUUUGGAUCUUACCCGGAAUUGAAUGACGUUGUGUCCGGCCAAGAUUUAAAAGUUUCAGAGGAGACGAUUCACCUGCGAGUGUGACGCCUAUGCGCUUUAUCUGCGAACAAUUUAUAUCUCGUUUUGUAAUUGAGUACGUCCGUUCCGGUUGGUAAAUUCGAAUGCAUCAAACGCAUCUCGCUGCAAGUGACUUUUGCCUUUGACUUGAUUGUCCGACAGUCAAUCAUACCAAAUUCGACACACACGGAAUUCCCGCCAGCCUUGGAAAACCUUGAAAAGUCCGCAAAAUAAAAAGUCGAUUACGGAUAUACUCCCGACUAUGAAACCAACCACUAACCUAGCCGACGCGCUUUAUUUCCAAAUAAAACAUUCCCAUGGUUGAACGUAUUAAAGGCACAGAUUCGAACGUUCAAUUAUUCAGGGCUAGUAAUUUCAAAGGCCGUUCGAAUAAAUUGGGAACGCGUUCUAUAAAAUUACACGCAUAAUAGGCGUGUUGAAAUAUCAAACAUCACAAAUCAAUUCUAAAUCAGGUACGAAUUCUCGUUUCUUUAAUCCAAUAUUUACUGUAAACAAAUGGAAAGAAAGGGAAGGAACGAAAGAGAUUUGCAGCGAAUAGAUCGAUCUUUCAUUUUGAAUAGUAACUUUCAUUCGAUUGUUAAUGGAUGAUCGAUUGAAUUUUCAGUUCGCGUAAAACGAAAGCAACAAUAGCGAUACAAUUCCUAAUUAUUCGUCCGAUUUGGCAAAUGUCUCCCUUUCAGAGUUCUUCGCGCACGCGCUCUCGUUUGGAUUAUCCAGCGAUCGUUCGAUUUGAUCCUAUUAUCAUCAUUGACGAUAAGCCGCGUUAAGAGGAUUUCAGACCGCGUUAUUACGCGUGUGGGCGUCCAUUUUCAUUGAACAUUCACGUCGAAAAACUUCUUUAAGCGUAAUAAAAGAUAUCGUUGUACAGUACGCUUCAUCCAAGUUCGUACGUACAUUCUUAUUUGGAUCUCACAGAUUGAAAACGUUAGGAGAACGUAAGUACGAUCGUUUUUACCGGAUUACAUUUAUUUGUAUUCGCAUGUGUGUGCGUGUGCGCGUCGCGCCGUCUACCAUAGAACGCCAUAAGUAUCCAUUCGCGCAAGUUUACCGCCUUCGCUUGGAGAGGGGAAAAGGAGGCCUCGUGAAUAUGGGUUCGAUUCGACAUUCGUCGAGAGGCAGCAAUCGAUGAUUCAUCGACACUUUGAGCUGUGAUCCGCGGGAAAUACUGCGCUGUUAUUGGCUUCGAUACUACGUAUCUAGGAUCGUUUUGAUUAAAGAUCGAAAAUAUAAUAUGUAAGUAGUAAAUUUAGAAUACGAUUGUAAAAUCAAUCGUAUAAUCAUUUGUCAAUAAAUUAGCAAGUAAAUACGAUCGUUGAACACGCUGCCUGUCACAGUAUACAGAAAGAUAUGAUAACAUUACUAUGCAUUGAUAAUCUGUGGUAUUUUUACGCUACAAGUGUUCAUUGUUGAAGAUUAAAAUCUACUUUCAGUUCCUUUUUAUACUGUGAUAUCUUAAAAUUUUUAAUACAUUGUCGACUGACCAGAGAGAACUCUUCUUUCCGAAAUACAUACGUACGUUACGAUUACUGGCAUUUUCAUUUCCCCGAUUUUGCCUCACGUUCUUUCCUUCUGGCAUGGACUUAUGGUUUUAAAUUUAAUCCAAAGCAAAAUACGAUGUUUGUAAUUAUUUUAUAAAAAUUCUGAAACGAACGAGUAUACACAUAAAAUGCCUUGCUCGGUGAUCCUUUGACUACAAUUAUAAAAUUUCAAUCCGCAGUCACAGUCGGCAAUGUUUUAACAAACAAAAAUAUAACAUAAUCAGUUUCCUUUUCUUUUUUCAUUUUAUUCUUUGACUUUCUCCAUAAUAAUCGUUCGUAUCUAAAUGCUGCAUGACUGUGAGCUAAAAUAAAUCGAAUAAGCGUAAAAAUUCGGCAAAUCCGCUUGAAUUUUUCUUUCCAUCCAAUUCCGACGAGGCGGUAAAGCGGUACGCUACGCGUUACUAACGCUGCAUGCAUAAAUGCGGUUGCGAAAGACUGUGAAGUUGUACGAGGGUUGUUUCGAUUCGAGACACUACAGCAGUAACGUUCCGCUGUUACGUUAAUUAACACUUUCGCUGCGAUAUACGAG